AGAAAAAUAGGGGUAUCGUUUCUGUACCUAAAGGUACAUUUGCCAUGAAAGUACCCUGUAAGGUACAGGAAAUGGUCCUUAAGGUGACAACUGUGAACCUUUGUUUUAAUUUAAAGGUACAAAAUUAGUUCUGACAGCAAAGGGUACAUAAUUGUACUUUUAACAAGCUUAAGGUACAUUAUGCAGCAAAUCAGAGAUCACAAAAUCAUAAUUUAAAAGCCAUUGGCUCGUCUAUUCAGAAGGCGGGAUAUCUUCUUUGCACGUUGCACAGUGAGUGCACUUUCUUUCUCACUUGCAAUAGGAGUGCGUGAAAUGAGCGAAAAUGUCGGUUAAUUGUCCAUCCCUGUCGAGUUUUUCCACGGAUGAACUAAUUCUGAAAAUAAUUGAAGCUGGAAUACAGAUUAACGAAGAAGAGGCAAGGAAAUUCAGGGAAAAUGACGUAGAUAGAGAAACAGUGGAUUGUGGACUCACUGAAGCCAUGGUUGGCUACCUGUUUGAUGGUUCCUUCAAAAAGCAACUAAAAUUUCAACAGUUUGUACGCCAUUACAAGGAGAAUGAGACCAUUGUUGUAUUGGAGCCAGUACCAGUUAAAGUCGCUCAGUCUACAGCAGAACUCCAGCCUCAUCCUUCCACUGAUCCAAGUGUUGAAGCAGCUCACAGGGGACUACCUAUUGUGACUGUCAUUCCAACCUUUCCCAAAGAUGUCCAGGCGAGACUUGACAUCAAGGAACCAUGUCACACAGUGCCAAAAGUAUGCAACAAAAUAAUAAGAACGCUGUAUGAAAUGAUGGCAGAAUACACUUUGUAUCCAACUAAUGCAGAGUAUAUUCAAGUUGCCAAGGCACUGAUAGUGAAAUACCCUUUCCUGAGGGAUAAGGAGGGAAAUGGCUACCACACCUGGCACAUGUCUUUAAAGCGAAAAUUUAAAGCAGAACGUGCACCACUUGUCAGCGACAGUGAAGUAAGAAAGCUGAAGGAGAAGUUUGGCCAUACAAAGCAGUCCAGAUCCACCAGUGCAUCUGCGAGCUUGUGUCGAAAGCCAGCUAGGGAAACUUGUGUUGGGGAGGAUUCAACGUCUGUUGAGGCCCAUGUGAACGUUCUACAAAUUGAGUAUCAGAAGAAACAUCCAGACAUCUCGACUGUCAAAGACCGCAUGGCACGAACAUUCUCCUGGAGACGUCGAGAAAUCAUGGAAGGAAUGUCUGUGGAGGAUGUAGUCAAAAAGUACCCAUACUUAAGAACGCCUAAUGGAUUUUUUGAUGAGAUUGACCAAAUCCAUCCCUCACCAAGCAGCUUCUGUCAUCGCUUCAGAGAGGGCUUUGCUAGAGUUCUGCCAAAUGUGCUGAAACUUGCCACAGCAAAAUCCCCCCUAGCAAAACAGUACACUGAAACAAGACAGGAUGCCCUGGCUGAAGAUCUACCAGGAAUUGACUUAAGGGCUGGGCUUAUCUUCUUGCCAUUCAUCUUCAGAGAAAAGAUUGAACACUACAUUACUAUGAAAGAGGAGGACCCUGCUACCCCCUUUCCAACCAUUCAACUGAUGGAGAAUGAUUGGAAGACGGCAAUCAUUGGAAGAGGGCACAGCGUGGUGAAGGUGGAUGGCAUGGUUGUGUGCCAGUGCACCAGCCUAGACGAGGCCUUCAUGACUGCCUUCUGUAUGUAUUUUACUUUUAACAUCACAUAUCCACCACACCUGAAGAACACUCUCACUUUUCUUCAGAGGAGCAUUGUCAACAUCGUGGAGGAGGGAGACAAGCCACUGCCAGUCACUUUACUAAGGAUGAUAAACCUAUUAUAUUAAAUCCUCAUGCCUCAAAUGUACCAUUGCCCAAAGUGCACACGGAGGACAUUCAGUCUCGUUAAAUUAAUCCAACAUGUUGGAAUCGUUCAUGCGCAUCAAUCAAAUUUUAAUAUCACCUGUAGUAUAAAUGAGUGCCAGUCAACUUUUUCGCGUUAUCAUUCUUAUAGAAAACAUGUUUACAGGAAGCACAGAUCCUUUGUUUUUGGACAAUCUGAUGACAAAAAUGACUGUCACAGUGAAGAAGAGUCAGCAGUACAGCAACACAGCUUGAACCCUGAUCAGCAAAAUUCAUCUGAUCCAAAUUCCUCUGAUCCUCAAGUUAUGCCACUUUUAGAUAAACUUUUAGAAGAUUUCCAAGAACAUCUAUUUGGAUUCAUUCUUAAAUGCAGAGAGAAAAACCUUCUACAUUUGUCAGUCCAACAAGACAUUGCAGAUGAUGUCAAAUUUCUCUUUUCUUUUUUUAAAGAGAACUAUGAUGAUUUUAUUUCUCAUCAUCUUGAAAAUAGUGGUUUUG